AUGCCCGGUACUGGAACGACGACGGCGCCAGCGCCAGCAGCUGGCGUGCGCAGCAUGAAUGGGUGCUGGACCUGUCGUCUUAGACGGAAGAAGUGCGAUGAAACACGCCCGUGCUGUCGGAACUGCAACCAGCUGCAAAUCGAGUGUGCAUAUGGGCCGAAGCCGGUAUGGAUGGAUCGAGGAGUCCUCGAACGCGACGCAGCCUUCAAGAUCAAGAAACAAAUCGCAGCACGUUCCCAUCGACGAACGAAAUUAUCAUCUUACUCUUCACAAUCGGCGAUGGUAUUAGCUUCGAGUGAUUCGCAGCUGUCCAACGACCUGCGGCAAGCAGGAGACGGCACUCGGCAGCAGAACAUGGAUCUUGGGGAUAUUAGUCUUAGGGCACAUCAACAUGUAGAUAGUGGAUGGUGUACUACGGACAACAUGGCUACCAGUGGCUUGGAUACCACUGGCAUCGAUACCACAGUUAGCCUGGGUUCGGUCGUGGAAGGGUCUGCCCUUGAUUUUGCAAUGUGGUGCGGCGAAUACGGUCCCAAGCAAGACGCCAUUCUCUCUCCUAAACUUUCUUUGCAAUUAUAUUCAUGGCCGACGCUAUCGCCGCACAACGAUUUGGGAGACACGUCGUCUCAAAAUACCGUUCUCGAAAGCGUAGAAGCUGCACGGACGGCGCCUAGACAUGGCAAGUCGGUUGAGCCACCUGACACGUAUUCUACGAGCCACAACAGCGCGAUGAACUGUUCUACUGGUAGUUCUAGCAUGAUGGAAAGCGAUAGUGAUUGGUUCUGUCGUGUGUCUCCCAGUAUGCUCACUGCAGAAGAUGCUCUGCUUUUAUCAUAUUAUACAGAGGACGUGCUACCGGCUCAGCUUAUCGAUCACGGCGGCGAACAAUAUCGCUGGAUGCGCUUCCUACUGCUCACGUUAGCGCCUGUGCUACAGACAACUUUAACGCUGGCAAAGGCAUAUAGACGAUACGCCACUCGCGACGACAAUACAGCAAAUAUAGAAUGCGCCGACUUGUUAAGGAACGCGGUGGAUGCUGUUCUGUGCAUUCCGUCGGUACUUGCAACGCUAUCCAUUGGUGACCAGGAGCGUCAGGCAGAGCAGGUAAUUGUUGCUUCUGACAUGUCGAAACAGAUUCUCAACGCAACAUCGUUGCUCUGGCAAGAGUGCUUGCAGCAAGUUGCGGCGUUUGCCCAGGGGGAAGCUACUACAUCGGCUCUGCACGUGUACACCGCGGCAGCUAAGGCCCUUGUUGGCCAGCUGGUUUGGUUUGAUAUUGUAGGGGCAGUUUCAACAGGAGGCAAGUUGCACCUCACUAUUGACUACGACAGCCUCAUCGCCUCAAAUACAUUGCCCGCAGGUGGCGCACCGGGCUGCCGCAAGGACAUUGUCGCUCUGUUCUACCAGAUACUUUGUCUCCGCCACUGGAAGCUGGAUUUGGAAAAGGAAAAGAAGCUCAACGUCAUGGAAUUGGCCACCAAGGGGUGCCACAUCCUGCAGUCACUCGAGGACAUCACCACCAGGAUUAACAGCGUCGCCCUCAAAACUACAGAUGAAGCCGCCUUUGUCGACUCCAUCAAUCUUGCCUUUACUAGCACGGCCGUCAUCUAUCUCCGCACGGUAAUCUCGGGUCCGAUCCCACACCUCAAGGAGAUCCGCUCCGAGACCAUCAAACUGGGCCAUCUACUGCGCGACCUGGCGAAAAUGCAGCAGAUUGGCUGGGUGCCUUUACCUCUCUGCGUGGCCGCGUGCUUUUGGCCGCAGGAAAAGGUGGGAGAACUCGGCAACCUGAUAUUCUCAAAGCAGCGAGGCAUGUCCGUGUCUGCUGGCGGUGGCGGAGGCGUCGAAAUGCGAUCAAAGGCUUGCCUCUUGGCGGCGGUAGAAAUGGGGCGCCUCGCUCUUCGGGAUGGGGGCCAAGUGGACUGGACCCUAGCCGGGCAACAUGCGGCUAGUAAUAAGCGGGCGCCACUGCUGGGGUGA